AUGACGGCGGCCACGGUCGUCUGCGCCGAAUUGCUGCACGCGAUUGGCAGCGAUACUAACCCGAUGUUCGAGAUGGACGCGAGUUGGCAUUUGGUGCUGGGCGGAUAUGCCUUUGGCUGCGUCUAUAUGGCGACGGACCCGGUGUCGGCGUCGAUGACCCCGACCGGGCGGUGGGCGUAUGGGGCGCUCAUAGGCUUUAUGACCGUGCUGAUUCGCGUGAUCAACCCGGCCUUCCCCGAGGGCGUAAUGCUGGCCAUUCUCUUUGGCAAUGUCUUCGCACCCGUGAUUGACCACGUGGCAAUGCAAGCCAACAUCAAGCGCAGGCUGGCCCGCACCGCUGUCAGCUCUUAG